AUGGCAUAUAUUCUUCGCGGUCUAUUCGGUGUUGGUCAGUCGAACCAGAAAUCUUCCCCGUCUUCUCGACAGUCGAAAACCCAUCAUCGCUCUCAAUCCGACCCCACAAGCUAUAUCUUUGUCUCUCCUCCCAGCAUUCCACCAUUCGCAGGCGGGGCUAUGAAGCACAACAACAGUUACGAAUCAUCAAAGACGACUAGGCCCUCUCCUUUGCGAUAUAGCACGGAUGCGCCUGUAACAAUGCCUCCGCGCUCAUAUUCGCAGCAACAGCAGCACCUACCUCCUCAGACUACAUUCCAUCGAAGCUCGAGCUACAAAUAUGACCCCUAUAUACAAUAUCCCGUUUACACACCACCUCCAGCUCGUGCUAGUAGCGAGUCUCGUACAACCUCGACAACCUCCAUCCAAGCAGCGUCUUCUCAUGGUCACGGUCGCCCUAUUCCUUCGCGGGCGUCCAGUUCCACCAGUGUCAACCCGCCUCCACGGCGUCCGGUGCUUAAACAUAAUCACACAUGGGACGCAGGAUUCAAGCCUGAGGCCCACCACCCCCAGCCUCAUGUCUCUUUCCUGAAUCCGAUGUGUACGAUAUCUCUUCACAUGCAUCCGCUCCUUGCCUCGAGCCGCUUCCAUAAUGCUCCGAUAUCUUAUGACGUGAUGUUCGCGCCUUGCUCACAUUCUGUUGUGGAUCGCAACACGCGGACGGCAGUCCCCGCUCAUACUCUGGCACAACCCGCCACCGAUCCACCGAUUUUUAGGAAGCUGCUGAUGACGUGCGAUAAAUUCCCCUGGCCCGUCGUUGUCUCUCCCUCGUCAAAGGUGGGAAAAUUUUACAUCGGUAGCGCUCCCACGAUGUCCAGUGAGGCGCAGCCAAUCUCAAACCUCGAUUUACUUCAGACGCUAUAUAGAACGUUGUCUAUCCGGGUGACCCAUGGGGAGUGGGACGCGUUAGGCAAUGGUUCUCCUGCGCAGCGCAGCGUCACCAGAGCUUAUGAGAGGCGAUGCCUGAGGAUGGGCGGUGGCUGGGAAGGCGGUGUGAGAAGGAUAGAUUGGCUUGGACACAAAGUUCAGUUGAUUGGUAUCGAAGUGGAUAGAAGCGCCUCUGCAGGCGGCGUUCCGAAGCUCAUCUUCGGAAGGCCUUGA